UCAAUGUAUAUACAUUUUCUUCUUUUUUAAAAAAAAAUGGUGGUGUAUGUGUAAAUAAUUCUCUGUCCAUGUCUCUCUUUGUAGACACAAAGAGUACAGAAACUGAUUUAUUCCCUGGUUUUCUCAGAGGUCCCCCUCGUUUACCCUUCCUACAGUUCUACUUCCACCCCGGGCCACCCUCACUCUUCACACCCUCUCCCUAUCCUAUUUCUUUUCUUCUCAGUAGUGAAAAACAAAAUAAGAAACAGUUCCAUUCUUCCCUGCCUCCCUACAAGCCUGUUCAAUUUUCUUCCUACUAGUAAAUCGUAUACAUAUAUAUAUAUAUAUAUAUAUAUAUAUAUACACCUAGUUAAUUACAUUACAUUUGCAUUCUUCUUACCUUAGGAAGAAGAAGAACAAACAUGCUUCCCUUAAGGGGAUUCUACGGGUUCGAGAGCUGGCUAGAUCACAAGCCUGCAAGACAAGGAAACAUUCAACAGAGCUCAUUGAUCAACUCAGCAGCUGAAUUGGACGGUGGGAGAUCAAGAAAAUCAACGGAAGCAUGCCAGAGUCACAGGGAUGCUGAGAGGAGACGCAGGCACCGAAUCAACACCCACCUCUCCACUCUCCGUUCUCUCCUCCCUAACACCACCAAGUCAGAUAAGGCAUCGUUACUGGCGGAAGUGGUUGAGCACGUGAAACGGUUGAGGAAGCAAGCAGAUGACGCGGCGGCGGUAACGGCGGCGGCGGUGACGUCCUCCUCUUCCUCCUCUGAAUCAGUUAUUUCUGCGGCGGAGGGUGAGCCGUGGCCGUUUCCGGGGGAGUCCGAUGAGGCGACUGUGAAGUGCUGCGACGGGGAGGACGGAGAAGUGCUGAGGCGGGUGACGGCAACGGUGUGCUGCGAGGACCGGCCCGGGCUGAACCGGGACCUGACGCAGGCAAUCCGGUCGGUUCGGGCUAAGGCGGUUCGGGCGGAGAUGAUGACGGUUGGGGGGAGGAGCAAGAGUGUUGUGGUGAUACAGUGGCCGCCGGAGGGGGAGGGAGAGGAGGUUGGAGCGUUGGAGCGGGCUUUGAAGGCUGUGAUUGAGAAUCGGGCUUUCGUGGGCUCUGAGAUGGGCCGGGUUGUGUUGGGCCAGAAACGGGCUCGGGAUAGUUAUGAGGAGUUCUGCUAGGGCAGGCAAUUAGGUUUUUUUUUUUUUUCUUUUCAUUUCUUUCUUUUUCUUUGGGUGGUAUAAAAUGUAGAAGUUUAGUUAGGAUUUAGGAUCAGAAAAACAUGGCAAAAUGGAGGUUACCAUCUUUUAUAUGUAGGUCAGGACAUGAAUUUUUUUUUAGUCUAUACUAGCAUGCUAAUUAUGUUCACUGUGUAUGGCUAUUGAUAUUUCUUCUACUAACUCAGAAUUAUCUAGGAAAUUGGUGUAUGAUUUAUUGUAUGAAUCAAUUUAAGGUGAAAUUAGAUAUUUAGGCUAUGUUUGGCAUGUCAUUUCAGCUA